AUGAGUGAAAUUCAGUAUUGGAAAUUUAGUAGUAAUUAUAUCCAUGGUAAAUGGGCUUUUGAAGUCCUUAUUGCAUCAUCAACCCAAUCCUCCGCUUUAACUUCACAGAAAAGCGAAGAUUUGAUUCGCCAAACAUGCAAGCGCACGAAUAACUUCAACCUCUGUGUCACAUCCCUAAAUUCAGACCCUCGGAGUUUGAAUGCAGAUGUCAAAGGGCUUGCUCGCAUCAGUCUUCAACAACUCCUGACCAAGACCAAUCAAACAUUACAGAAUGUGGGAAACCUGUUUAAGGACACUAGGGACCCUAUAAUGUUCAGAUUAUUGGGGAAUUGUAUUAUAGAAUACAACAGAGCUGUAACAGAUUAUCUACCAGGAGCAAUCAGUGCUUUGGACUCCAACAACUAUGGAGCGUCAAAACAAGGUGCAGACAAUACUGCAACAUCUGCCACGACGUGUGGAGAUCAGUUUAUAAUCCGCGGCUUACCACGGGUAUCGGUAUCCACACAGAGUAAACAAGUGCAGGGUCUUGCCAUGGUGGCCUCUGGCAUUAUCUCUACAUUGGGUUGA